AGGGAGGAGCGGAGAGGAGACCCGCGGCCCUCCCACCGGCUAUAAGACCAGAGGCAGACGGAAACAUUCAGACAGCAGGCACACGUGGAGCAAAGAGCCCGAGAGAGCGAGAGAAGGACGGGAAGAGAGACACAGAGACACAGAGAGGGAGAGAGACAGUAAAGCUGCUGCCACGGCCUGCGGGUAGUUUUUGCUAUUGGAAUUGAAACGGACAAACACAGAAACGAAAAAACAAGAAAAAGGUCUAGAGGAGAAAAAUAGGAGAACGUCAACUUUCCUUCUUCUAAAGGAUUAAACAGAGAGAAGAACUUGAACCUUUUGGGAUGUGAAGUGUUUUUUUGUAUGAACCAAGAGAGAAAAAGCACAGCUGCUGAGGUCAGGGUGCUUGUGACCACAGACUUAGGAUCAACUGGUUGAUGUUUUUUAAACCCAGCCUAACUCUGCAUCAUAAGGGCCACGUCUGACUCACCUGGCUUCACUAAAAGAGACGUUGGGGUAAAGUGAAUGUUGCACGGUGUCGCCCCCCUUUAAUCAGCAAUAACAACAGAGAGUUUUGCCAAGCGCUCUCCGGUUAAACGUCGACAAGUGGAAGUGUCUCUUGCGGAUUGACCAGCAGCCGACAGAGCGCCGACGCGUCGAAGAUGACGUUCGCCAUGCUGCGCACGGCGCCUCCCGCGGGCCGCUUCUUGUACGGCGACAUCGCCCUCCUCUCCGAAGACGACGAGGAGAACGGGAGCGAGGGUUCAGGCUCCGAGGACCGCAACUCCUCCAACUUCCGCCUGUCCUCGUCGCCAACGGCCUUUCACAUCAAGGUGAACAGGAAGAGGAAGCUGUGCGGGGCGGGAGGGGUGGACGUGGAGGCCAUGAUGGGGAGGCUCAUCCCGCAGGGGUCCCCCCCCCACGGGGAGGUCCGCCAGAGGACCGCGGCCAACGCGCGGGAGAGAGAUCGCACCAAUUCUGUCAACACGGCGUUCACGGCGCUGCGCACGCUCAUCCCCACCGAGCCUGCAGACAGGAAGCUGUCGAAGAUCGAGACGCUACGUCUGGCGAGCAGCUACAUCAGUCACCUGGGGAACGUCUUGCUCCUGGGCGAGGGCCUUCACGACGGACAGCCGUGCCACGCUCCCUCACCGCCGUUCUUCCAUGUUAACUCCUCCCCCAGCCGUGGAUCCGACCAAUCAGCUCAGCCGAAGCACAUCUGUACUUUCUGCCUCAGCAACCAGAGGAAAAUGAACAAAGAUCGAGACAGGAAGACGGCCAUCAGAAGUUAACAACGAGGGAACAAACCACAAUGAUGAAAUGCAACAAGUCUCUGCAACUUGAAGACUUAUCAGACUUGUGAUGCAUUUCAAAGACUUUUGAAGGACUUCUUUAGCACUUCGAGGACUUUUUAAGGGAACUUAACCCAGCAUCUGUUUUUUGUUUGUCUUACUUUUUAUAUUGCUUUAUAGGAACUUUUUACAUUACAGUGUUUUCAAAUUUUCAUAUUUUGAAACACUUCUGAAAAUUCUAAAAGUUUUUAAAAAAAAGGUCUAUCGAGACCGUGACAAACCUUUCACGACAUUUAUAAGACACUUUUGACGGUAUUGUUCAAAGACUUUUUGUUCAGUCUGAAGAACUUAUGGCACAUGAUGGAAACACACAGCGACACACUUUUAAUGAAUACAAGUUUGUCUUUCAUAGGAUCUGUAUGUCAUUAAUGUGUAAGAUGAAAUAUAAAUGUAUAUUUAUGUGACAUAACAUUAUAUAAUGAAACUAUGUUAUUUAACCGGCAUUGACAUCCAUGAAUACAAAUGUAUAAAGGUGCAAAAAAUGUAACACAAUUUAAGGCAUCCCUAAGAAAUAAGCUGGAACUUAAAUGGUAUUUGUUGUUUCUCAAGAUUAUCUCUGAAAAUGUCCUAAUGCUGGAAAAUAACACAAGAUGACCAAUAAAUUGUUUGUAUAUCUGGGA